AUGCUCCCUUCAUUACAGCCGUCGCGGCCCAAGCUACCACAGCACACUACACAACCAACUCACCAACAACGGCGCAGCACACACGAGCUGCCACGACCUCAAGAGUCCUCACAACAACAACCCUCAUAUUCCCCACCAAACUCUCAGAGACCAUGGUCACAGAUAGAAGCCAUGCCUCCUGCUCGCACAGCGCCGUCCUUCCCUACACACAGUUUCUAUGAUGCUGCGACAAGGCAUCCAGUGUUCUUCACGAACAAUCUGAGGAAACCACCGUUUCCCAUACCGCAGAUGCCGAGCCAAGGAUGGAAUCCUGUCGCCAACGGGUACAUACAGGAGAGGGAGAAAGCAACAGGCGGGUCAGGCACAAAACUAUGA